AUGGACGGCAGUGAGGUCUUUGCUAUGCUAGGCUUCCCAGUCCGGAUCCUCGGCAGGUUGCCACUAAGUGCCCGCUACGCGUUCGGGCCGCCAUCCAGUCUUCUCAACACGAGCGAGUAUGCCACGCAGCGUUAUGGCCAGUCGUACAGAUUUAGACCUUGGCUGCGCUUCGACAUCCAUGAGCUUGAGAAGAUCGAGCGUUUGGUCAAUCAUGGAUCAGACGAGGAAGUCUUGAAGUUCCGACAGACGCAACUCUCUAGUGGAGGGACUACUACUGUUGUCGGCUCUCUACUUGCAGCAACGUGUGCAACAAUGCUCACCAUUGACACCUUGUCCGACCUUCAGCUCUAUGUUCGCGCCCUUUUCACGAUUAGUCUGACCGUCAGUCUGAUGUCCGUCUACUUCACGCUGGUGCAGCAACGAGAGUUGGGCUUGCCUACAAGUGCCGAAACAUUACGCCGCUGGCUCUGCAACGGACAUGUACGCCGAACGGAAGAUCUUGACGACGAUACCCACGCGCCCUUGGACACACCGACGAUGAUCAGAGAAAGCUCGUUGGCAGCGAACAUCCUUCUCCAAGUCCCGUUCGAGAUGCUCAGCAUAGCCAUCUCAGUAUUCCUGGCAGGACUGGCAACAUAUCUUGGUCUGGCAAUGGCAGAGCAUGUUCAACUCGGCAAUGGCAAGGGUCCAGGCAAUGGCGCCUACCUCGUUGCAUUGCUCAUCUGCACAGCCUUCACACUGAUUGUGUUUGGCCAGGCACUUGGGCAAAAAGAUCGAGAGGCUUUGCGAUGUUCGGAGCUUGAUGUACCGCGGCCAGACAGAGACAGAGCGCGAUUUACGAAGAAGGGGUAG